GCCUGAAUAAUGUUAUACAUACACCUUUCUGUUGCCUGUGUGUAACAAAUCUGUCUCAUUCAUACACUGCAAAAAGAAAAAAAGCUUCCAACAAGAACAAAAAGGUUGAAAGUCUGGUUUGAGCCAGUUCUCCGGAUGUGUUACCAGUCUUCCAAUAUAUGCUGAAUUGCAAAUAUACCUUGUCUCUCUAUUAAACAUGUUUACAGCAUAAUUUUUAAUUAGUCGGAACAGUUUUUCCUCACUAGUUGUUCCGACGGUCGGCCAAAGUCUGGAUUUUAUCAAUACCAGAUGCACUUUAGCAGCUCCUGUGCCCCCACCCUCUCUAUCUCACUGGCUUUAGUACACAAGAGGUUGUCACUUCUCUCUGUGCACUCUGCAUGGACGGAAGGCUGCUCGUUGCCUGAUCCUGCAAGAACUGCAACCCGAGACCCGACAUGGCAUCUUCGAUUGCACUCAACAACGGAGCGAAAAUCCCAAUUGUGGGCAUGGGAACCUGGCGGGUAAGGCAGCAGAUCAUUAUAAUGGGUUCUGAUUUAAAACUGGACUUCUUGGACCUUUACCUCAUGCAUUUCCCUAUGGGGGCCAAGCCAGGCGAUGAGCAAUUUCCAUUGGACGAAAAUCAACAGCUCAUUUCUGAUGGAAGCAACUUCUUGGACACUUGGGAGGCGAUGGAGGAGCUGGUGGACGCUGGAUUGGUCAAGGCUAUCGGCAUCUCCAACUUCAACAGAGACCAAAUCGAGGCCAUACUCAACAAGCCGGGCCUCAAGUACAAGCCGGCUAACAACCAGAUUGAGUGCCACCCAUUCUUGACCCAGGAGAAGCUGAUCAACUACUGUCACUCAAAGGGCAUCUCAGUCACCGCUUACAGCCCCCUGGGCUCCCCCGACCGACCCUGGAGAGGCAGUAACUAAAGGGUUUCUUCUGAUGAUCCCUCUCUGCUGGAGGAACCCAGGAUCAAGGCUAUAGCAGACAGGCACAACAAGACUCCAGCACAGGUUCUCCUCAGGUUCCACAUCCAGAGGAACGUGAUUGUCAUAGCCAAGUCAGCAACCCCCCAUCGGAUCAAGGAGAAUCUGCAGCUGUUUGACUUUGAGUUGAGCGAAGACGACAUGAAGACCAUGAUGAGCUUCACCGAAAAAAGAGGAUUUGUAAUGAGAUGGGCCUCAACACACAAAGACUUUCCACUGAAUGCAGAGUAUUAGCUCAUCAGACCACGUGCUGCACUGCUAUUGACAUAAAUAACAUGAAUGUAUAAAAAAAAUCGAUGGGAAAAUGUGAUUUUUUUUAUG